AUGGAAGGAUCAUCGCAACAAGACCAAGCUCUUGAAGUCCAGGAUGCUCCUAGCUCACCAGAAUCUGAAGCGACUGUAUUGACAGAAGAUUUGCCCCAUACCGCCGAUUGGGUGGCCUUGAGGCAACGAAAUGCAUCACAAUUGCAAUCGUUGUCUGUUGCAUCGUCAUUCGACAGUCAAGAAACAGUCUUGACAGAAGACUUGCCUAAUACAAAUGACUGGUUAAGGUUAAGGAAGUCUCGUGAUCAUCAUAUAUCCAAUGCUGCGACGACGACGACGACGACAAGUCCAACAGCAGCGACUCGAGCUAAAAAUUCAAAUGCCAAACCCUUGUCGUCGCCUCCAGAAGCAGCAAAAUCCAACACUACAGAAUUGGCGCCCACUAAAGUCACACCACCUUUUCAAAAUGAUGCCCAUCGGCGGGACCAGGCCCAAAAUGUGAAGCGUCCAACUACAGUCACGUGCUCAAACAACGAAAACAUUGAUUCGAACAUGAAGAAUCAUCGCAGUCCAAUGCGUGAUCAGUGGAAAGCAGAUCCAAUAUCUCCGUUGACACAGGAUCUUGCCAAUUCACAAAGCCAGCAGUCUAAUGGUUGGAUCCAAGGGCUACCGCACCAACGAACCAAAACCGAGGAGUCGCAUACAACCCACACUGUGUCAUCCUCUCCUCCCUCGUUGUUCCCUAAGAACAAGCAACCACAAUCGCCACAAUCGCCACAAUCACCAGCCGACAGCAUACUCUCCGACCCUCUCUUUUCCGCACAAACAAGGAACACCAAAAAGAGGCCAUUAUUAUCACCACCUUUCACCCAAAAUGACAACAAUACCAAUGAUAAAGACAAUACUGAUGAUUCGUCCAACACAAUUCCAUCCCCACCACCCAAAAAACAACCGUGGUUUCAAAAGAAACGCAAGACCAAGAAACGGAAUCUACAGCAAAUGCGACUCAAGUUUGGAUAG